AUGGCUACCAUGUUGAACACAAACUCUCUGCAACCGCCUAAAACGGGCUCCUCUCGCUGGUCUAAAGCUCUUCCGGAUGUCCCUGGCCCGGACGACCCAAGCUUUUAUGACGAUUAUUACGAAGAGGCUUCCCCUCGUCUGCCACCAGCAAAAGAACUUCCUCCGCCACCACCGCGCUCGACUAGCAUAGGCAACGCAAACGCAAACUCAUUGCCACCAUCACUGCCGCCGUUGCACCUGCUUUCAGUCAAUUUCCCUCCAUCUGGUCCGCCCAAAAUGGCGAUCCCACGUCGACCCAUAGGCAAACUAUCGGCGAAUCCACCACCACCACCCCAAAAGGAGUCCCAGCUGCCAUCUCCGUCGCAAGCACCUCCCUCACCUUCCGACUCACUGUCGAGCAUCUUAUCAGCCUACUCGCACUCUUCGGGCGAAUCACUGGUUAGAUCACCAUACGAAGCUAACAGCAGUGCUUUCCAAAGUGAGGCAAACACAUCCCCGAACCACCAAGUUCCACCUGCCAACACCAAGACUGGCACGUUGGAAAGCGCCCCCACCCGGCAACACCAGUUUCAGCAACAUCAACAUCAACAAUAUGAUGCACCCAAGUUGCCUGCCAAGGAUCUCCGAACACCACCCUUUCCUUCCAAAGGCACCAAGUAUCAUCUUCCCGCAACUCCUGCUCCAAUUCGGAAACCAGUCCCAGAGCAGAAGUCACCUGAACUGAACUCUCCAUCGUCUCAGUCUCAGUCCCAGCAGCAGCCUCAACUUUGGCGUCGUCGAUCUUCAAAGGCAGACCGAAGUAUUGAGCUUCCCGACCUGACGCUUGCGUCCAGCCACGGAUCGACCGCCGCGACACAACCAACAGUCGCACAGCCACCACCCGCUCAACAGCCUCCCUCAAUCUCCACAGCCCCGAGUUGGCAGCCCGGGAGCACCAACGCAGCAGCUCCUGCUGGCCAGGACGUUAGACAGGCGCCAGCUGCUGAGCAGGUGCUUGAGAGCCCGACGAUGGGUGGCAACAGCUCCAAACUCAAUCGUCUCAAAGACAAGCUCCAGUUUCACCGAAGAGGGAAAUCGUCGAGCGAUACGACCAAGUCUCCUAAUCAGCGACCUGGGGUACACCGCCCUCCAACUCCUGAAUAUCAGAAGGAAGAUAUCAAGACACCCAUUGUGGAUUCGAUUGUUUCACCUCUAUCACCCGCUUCAUCACCGGAGCCUGUUGCGCAGGUGUCGCCAGAGCUUCCCGACGAUAUCCCCCAAAUAUCUCCCCAGCGCCAAAACCAGGAGCCAUCCAGAAAUACAGGCAGCAUUACACGAAAAGCUAUUACAGCUCCCAAGUUUUCAAGUCCUGAGCAGGACAAGCCUUUCUCCGAAUCAUUAAAUUUGAAAAAUGAAUCCCCGCUAGUAGGAUCACUACCUUCUUCACUCACUGAUUCGAAGGGCAGUGGAGGAUCCUCCAGCAGUGACACUGCGGUCCACCAGGCUCAACCUCCUGCAGAAGUACCUUCUAGGUUCCCACCACGAGAUUCAUCCGCUCGAUCGAACGCUCUGCCCCGACAAUUAUCAGCUGAACACGACUCACGACUGGUACCAUCCGACUCUCAAGGGCCUCUCUACAGAGGCAGAGACGGUACCCUGUACCCGGAAAUGAAGGUCAUGCAAGAGUACGACCCGCAAGUCGCAUAUUUCCCUAGACAGUACGAAACUCCUAUUGCAGAGGGCACUAUCUUCGAAGCACCACCUCUCAAAAAGUCACACUUUUCUUGCUAUCAUGGACAUAAGACGAUGAACCGCCGAACCAACAGACAUUAUCCAUUAACAUGCCAAACUUGCGACAUAUCAGAUGUUGAAGAUCGAUGGACUUGCACUUUCUGCCAUUUACGAAUAUGCGAACCCUGCGUCAAAAAGCUUCACAGCAGUAGCAACGACCUCCGCCGUAUGGUUAAUAGCCUGCAGGUUACGGCAUAA